GAACUGUAAACGUACCUAACCUUCGAACCUGGUUCUAAGCAGUAUAUUAUAUAAAACAAACAACCUAUAAAGGCCUAAUCUGAUAGAUAGUUAACUUUAACGGAGAUGAAUAAUGUCAUCCUGUCAGGCUGGUCAAUGUGUUCCUUAUAGAAAUCUUGUUUUUGUUUUUAUUUUUAAUUUGAAAACAGUUCAUCAGAAAUGCGAAGCUAACUGGCUUGGGAUUUUUUGCUAACCGUAAUUUUCAGUGUCGGGUAUGACUCUGAGGAAGAAAAUGUCGUUAUUUGUAACCUUUCAGCUCUAAAGGCGAGGUCGCAUGACAAACUCGUAUUUCCGGUAUACAUGAAACCACGUCACUUAGGUCCGCUUCAUAUAUUCUAGUCUGUAUUAGAUUAGAGACGCCGGUUUUUCUCGGUAGAAGUAAUUAUUGUGAACGGUUUUUAGUCCAUUUUUACACUUGGUCAGAGAAAGGUCAAAAGACAAGAUAACUUUUACCAUGUCUAACGAAGGAACACCAGAUGGCCAAAUUGGAGAAGCCCUCAUAAUCAGGGUGAUUCAGGAUCAGAUGAUGAACGUUAAUAUAGGAGGAAACUUGUCUCUCCCAUGCCUCCCAGAGGUUCAACCUUUAGCCAGUGUGCAGGAUCAGAAACUGCUGGAUCAGCUGGCACAGUCGGUUAAAGUGAUUGGUGAUAAGCUUAAUCAAGAACACAGCUUGAAUGACCAGAUCGAUGGUUUGGCACGCCUGGGUGAUAGGAAGAUUUUUUCAAAGCUUGUGGAUGGUGUCUUCUACGAUGGACAGAUCAACUGGGGAAGAAUCAUUGUGCUGUUCUACGCAGUAGGAAAGCUGGCUGUAAAGAUGGUACUGGCUAACCUGCCCACAGUGUUCUCAGAAAUACUGGAAUCAUGUUUGGAUUUCUUCAGGACAAAGCUAUUGAUAUGGAUUCGCAACAUGGACGGAUGGAUCAGCAGCAUUUCAGCACUGACCCAGUUCUCUAUCGAGCAUAUCUCAGCUUCCUCCUUCUACACCAUCCCAUCUCCAGUCGUGGCAUUCUUCUGUGGGAUUCUGUUGGGAAGCAUCAUUGUCUGGAAAUUCAGAAUAAGCAGCUGAGAGAGAGAGAGAGAGAGAGAGAGAGAAGAGAGGCAGGCUGGAAGAGAACAAACGAGAUGCACUGUGACAAAUGAAAGCUUUUAAUGUGUUUAUAAUAAUGUGAUACUUCUAGAUCUUAAUACAUUUGAGAACGUUUACAUAUAAAUAUUAAUUCUAUUAAAUGUUUUAUUCUGUAGUAUAAAUGUUGUAUACAUUUAGGUAGCAGUUGGUAGUGUUCAGAGCCCUCUGCUGCAUGCAAGACAAAUUGCAGCAAAACUACACUGAAACCUUUUUCCCUAACAGACAGGUUCUCAUUCCAGUUCCUGGAGUAACAAGUAUUCUGCACAUGUUAGUCUUUCCC